AAGAACACGGUUCUAAAAGAGGGAAAUGGCUCAAAGGCAUUUUGAGGGAAAAGCGCAUGCUGAAUCUUACCAGCGUUACCGGGUGUCUCCUCCACAGCAACUCAUAGAUGAAGUGCUGAACUUCCUCCAAAAAAGAAUCCAGGGCCAGCUUGAUCUGGCAGUGGAUGUCGGCUGUGGCUCUGGACAGGGUACCGAGCUUCUGGCCCCUCACUUUAUCACUGUGGUUGGGACGGAUAUCAGUGCAGCUCAACUUGAGAUAGCUUCUGCCAAAGAUCAUGCACCAAAUUUGUGUUACAGAGAAUGCCCUGCAGAGGAGUUGCCCUUUGAGGAUGAAUCGUCUGACUUGGUUACAGCCAUGUCGUCUGCUCACUGGUUUGACCAUCCACGAUUCCUCCGAGAAGUAGACAGGAUUUUGAAGCCUGGAGGCUGUCUCGCUUUGCUCAGCUACACCAUGGAUUUUGAGCUUGAAUAUGGAGAAAGCACCCCUAAACUUAAUGAAAUCUGUCAAGAGUUCUAUACAGCCCUGUUCCCUUUUCGGAAAGCGUAUAUAGGAUCCAGUUCUCUCCAAGUUUACAAGAAGAUCUAUGAUUCUGUUCCAUACAAAGAUAAAGAGUGGCAUGAAUGUCACAGGAGUCGGACGAUUAUGCCUCUAUCAAGAUUCAUUGGCUUUGUCGAAACUUUCUCAACCUAUCAAAGUUUCCUGGAAAAGGAUUCUGUUGGGGCUAAGAGACUGUCUAAGACCAUCACAGACAGGUUGUUGGAUGCAAUGGGGGCCUCGUCCGCUGACACUGAAGUAGUGGUGGUAUUGAAAUACUUCUAUAUAUUAGCCUCUAAACCACAGAAAUCCUAGAAUUAUUAUUUUCCCAAAGCCGCAGACCUCUCUGUUAGAAAUUAUUACUAAGAACAUUAAAGCAUUUGUGUUAUAUUUCUGCUCUGGACGUUUUUGAAAAAUAUACACUCAAUUAACAAUAAACACAGAUCAAA